UACCCCAACUGGCCUGAAUAAAGUCCUACAGAGACUGAGCUGGGACAGUAGAGUAGUCUGACCUCACACAUAUAUAGUGUUUGAUUUAAGGGGGAAAAGGACGAGCUGAUACAAAAUCUGGCAACAUGGUUGUGGCGGGCUGCACGAAAUGCAUAAAAUAUAUGUUAUUUUUCUUUAAUUUCAUUUUCUGGCUCGCCGGAGGUGUGAUCUUAGGAGUGGCCCUGUGGCUCCGCCAUGACAGUCAAACCAGCAACCUCCUCAUACUCCAGUUUGAAGGCCACCAGGCACCAGGCACCUUCUACAUCAGUGUGUACAUACUGAUAGCUGUCGGUGCUGUGAUGAUGCUCGUGGGCUUCCUCGGUUGUUACGGCGCCAUUCAAGAAUCUCAGUGCCUGUUGGGGACGUUCUUCUUCUUUUUGGUGAUCCUCUUCGCUUGUGAAGUGGCUGCAGCCAUGUGGGGUUUCAUGAACAGGGACACAAUCUCCAAAGAACUGAUCAACUUCUACGACUCGGCGUACAUCAAAGCUGUUGAUGUGUCAGGGUCUCCCAGCAAAGACUCUGCCAUCAAGGUGCUGGAUGUUUUCCACACUACGCUGGACUGCUGUGGUAAAGGAGACGACACCGCGCUCUUCAAACAAGUCGCCAGUACCUUGUGUCCCAGAAAGUCAGCUGAAGAUUUCCUGAAAUCUCAGAGCUGCCACGAUAAACUGAUCGAGCUGUUCUCGGAGAAGCUCUACCUGAUCGGUCUGGCUGCCUUGGUGGUUGCUGUCAUCAUGAUCUUCGAGAUGAUCUUCACCAUGGUGCUCUGUUGUGGGAUCCGUAACAGCCCUGGAGCGUACUAGGAGUCCAGCCAACAAGCAACAGCAGCCUUUUAAUGGAAGUAUUUUAUUAUGUUUCUCUUCCUUUUGAUUAUAACACAACAAGAUGGAUAUCUCUUGUUUUUUUUAUUCUAGAUUAGAAUUUGUUUUUAAUAUUUGUUAACCAUCAACACUCAUCUUUCUUACACAAUAAUUUUCUUUAUUUAUCACACAACACUUCAUAUGAAUCUUUUAUACAUGUGGUAUGUUGUGAAAUAUUUCUCUGAGAUCAUAAUGCUGUUUUUAAUGGAUGUAUAAAUUGUAUAUAUACUUGUCAUGUGUUAAUAACACUUAGGAGAGUGCAUGUAUUCCCUGAUUGAUUGUGUGUGGUGCGUCUCGCUGCAGAGUUACAGUGUUAUAAUAUAAUUUAAGCAGCAGGGCUUCAGUGGUCUGAGGUAAUGGACCGUCUUACUCUAAUGACUAUCAGGAUGACGAGUCUUUUAGAUGACUGUCUGUCUCUUCUUGGUGCCAGUUCUGUGACAGUCAUGUCUUCUUACGCAACCUGUUUUUUAAUAAUGCUAAUAAGUUAUGCCACCUUUCUUUCUUUCUUUUUUAUUAUUGGUGGAGCAUGCACUACACCGGUGUUUCCCAACCUUUUAUUGUUGCUUGUGACUCCGUAAGAUGAAGCAAAUUCUUGUUCCAGGUCUAUAAAUUGUGAUUUUCACUUUUCAUAUUAUUUUGUUUGAAUUAUUUUUAGAAGUUUUAAGAGGUAAAAGUGCAGUAUUUUGCGAAAAAAAAAAAAGAGAGAGCAAUAAAUAGAGAAAUGUCAGGAAAAUAAAAGUAUUUUGUGUAUCCAAAUGA